UUGAGGCAAUGACUAAGGUUUAUAUUUUCAGGAGUUACUUCUUUUUGAAAAAAUAAUAAAAUCUAAUGCUGAUAAUUUAAUUGACCCCACAAGGGCCCUCAACGAGACGACUGCGCAGUUUAGUAAUGGGCGUAUCUUUAUUUCAUGGAAUGCAAAAAGAAAAUACCCGACGUCAACAGUUUGAUAAAGUUGUGGAUCUACCAAAAGCAAAUAUGAAGAAGCGAGCACGCAGUGCUACAAGGCACUCUUCAGCAGAAUCACAGAUAUAUCCCACAGUAGCGAAAUAUGCCAUCCAUUACAUUGCAACAUCAACUGAUGGUCAACUGCCUGUUUCCAGGCUUCGACAAUAUCUACGUCAAAAUCCACAGCUUUCAAAUCUAAGCAUUAACGAUAUACUUCGUAUCCUAGACACAUAUGAUAGUAUUUUUGAGCUGGAAGCUACAGACAGGGGAAAAUCUCAUAUCAAUGUAUUGUUAGCUUUCGAGUUUCAGGUAUGUGACCAGCCUAAGAAAUGUGGUGGGUACCCAACAUGUAGAGAUCUACAUAUCUGCAAAUAUUUCAUUCAAAAUAAAUGCAGGCAAGCCCAGUCACAGAAAUGUCCAUUUGGACAUGAUUUGCACUCUGAGCAUAACUUACGGAUUUUACAAGAGAAGUACAUGGACCGUAUUGAUCCACAAAAUCUAAAAGAAUGGAUACAGAAGCAUCACAACAGAAGGUCUAGAACUUCUCGCCCUCCUCAGGUCUGCACCUUCUACAACACGGCAGGUGGAUGCAGCAAAAAUGACACAUGUCAGUUUCUUCAUCUCUGUAGCUUCUUUGUCAGUCGAAGCUGUAAAUUUGGUUCUAAAUGCACAAGAAGUCAUGCACUGAGCUCAAAACGGAAUAAAGAAAUUCUACGUGGUCAUGGAAUUGAUAUCACUGAAAAUGAAGAUCAAAUUCUCGACAUCCUCUCCAAGAACAGGUCACAAUACGCUCGCACUGACAAUGACGAAUGCCAGCGCUCUAGAAAUAAGACAUCUGUACCUUAUAACAAGGAUAUAAAUGAAAAGACAAAAAAUAUGACUCCCGAGGCCCCUUUCCUUGUUUCUGCAAAAUCUGACCGCAUUUCUUUGCAAUGGAAGAAUAUCGGCGGUUUAACCUCAGACUUCGAAUAUCAAAUUCAGUAUAAACAGGUGCCGGACGGACGAUGGAUAACUCACGAACCAGCAGUAUCCCAUGAUUCAUUCAGAGCUGUUAUAACCGGUUUAAAGUCGCGUACAGCCUACUGCUUCAAAGUUCGCAUUAUUGAUACAAGAGAAGGAAAAGAAUACCCGUUCAGUUUAGAGAGUAAAACAUUCGACACACCAGAAUCACCAGGUCUUCAAAUGCGAUACCAAUCAACUCUAGUAAAACUUGGCAAUCCAGAAAGAUAUCGUCUUCCUGCAAAAGAAAAAAUAGCGGCAAGAAAUGAAACAGCAAAGUCCAAGAAGCUCUCUUUAGGCUCUGAAAGGUGGGCCAUAAAUGACAAAACAAUCAUGUUGGUUGGGGCAACUGGAAGUGGUAAAAGUACUCUCAUUGACGGCUUUGCAAAUUAUCUGUUUGGAGUGAAUUGGGAAGACAACUUUAGAUUUACUUUGGUCGAUCUUGAGCACGAGGAAAAAAGACGACUUAAAGAUCAAGCGGUAUCACAGACAGAAUGGAUCACAUGCUAUAGUAUAUACCCUGAUGUUGCAACAAAAUUAGACUACGCGCUUCAUAUUGUAGACACACCGGGGUUCGGCGACACUAGAGGAAUACAACGUGACCAAAAAAUAAUAGAACAAAUUCAAGAGAUGUUCAUGUUACCAGGAGAUAAAGGAAUGGCUUGUCUUGAUGCCGUUUGCUUUUUGGUAAAAGCUCCAGAUGCCCGACUUACACCAUCUCAGAUGUAUAUAAUAAAUGCCAUAUCGGAUUUGUUUGGAAAAGACAUGGAGGAUAACAUUUGCAUCUGCAUUACAUUUGCCGAGGCACAAGAACCUCCCGUGCUAGCUUCGUUAGCAAAAUCUCGUCUGCCACACAAGUAUUAUUUCAAGUUUAAUAAUUCCGCUCUGUUUGCUUGCAAUGAAAAUAAAGAUGAUCUUGCAUCAGGGUUUUGGAAAAUUGGAAUGGAAAGUUUUGACAGUUUCUUCGAACGUCUAGAUCGAAUGGAAACAAAAAGUUUGCAGAUGACAAAGGAAGUCUUGAAGACGAGACAAGAUCUAGAAAAUACUGCCCAUAAUCUGCAAUCCUUUAUCACAGCAGGAAUAGGAAAAAUAUCUGAAUUGGAAGAAGAAAUGUCCUUAUUUAAGAAAUACGAAAAACAAAUACAGGAAAACAAAGACUUUGUUUACGAGGUAACAGAACAAGUACAGGAGAAAGAAGAUAUAUCUGGUAAAGGGCAGCACACUACAAACUGCUUGACCUGCAAUUACACCUGUCACGAGAAAUGUAGAAUUCCCGAAGAUUUUCAGAAAUCUCAUUGCAUAGCAAUGGAUGAACAUGGAAAUUGUAAACAAUGUCCAGGAAAUUGUCAAUGGCAAUUACAUCACAACACCCCGUAUAUAAUACGAUGGGUUUCAAAGAGAGUAAGAAAAAUGUACAGUGAUAAGUUGAAGCUUUAUGAAACGGCCGAAGAGCAGCUAAGUUCACGAACAGAAGUUUUGCAGAAAAUGGCAGAAAGCGUCAAAGAAAUAGAAAGAGUUAUUGCCCAACUUCUUGACAAAGUAACCGAAUGUAACAACAGGCUGAAAGAAAUCGCACUGAAUGAGAACCCGAUGAAUAAGGCAGAAUACAUUGAAUUAAUGAUAGAAAGCGAAAAGAGGGAACGAAAAUCUGGCUAUAUGCUACGUAUCAAAGUUUUAGAGGAUUGUCGAAGAAAAGCAAUGAUUGGCAAUGAGGCAUCCGACUUCUUGAAUAAAGCACGGCAAACAAGACGAGGCGCCACGUCCAGAAGUGUCCCAACUUCUGGAUCACUUAUCUCCAGCAUGCGCUCGCUAAUGAGACGAUAGUAGCGAGCCAACGCUAUUGUAAAGUGCAUUAAUUGAUUUAAAUAUGCCGAAUAUUCCAUAUAUUUUUUCUAGAUCUAGAAAUAUCUACACGCUAAUAUGAAGCAAUUCCUUUUCAGAAGAUUUAUAGCUAUUUGUUCAGAAUUAUGCACUUAUUAUUUCUUAAAAAUUGGGUUCUGUUAACAAAUGUUUUAGCCUCAUAUGUUAUAUUUUAAUACACUGCACUCUAACCAAUAAUUCAAUUUUAGAUUAAUUUCCUUAAUUUCACUUAUAUGCUUAAAAAGUGGAUAAGAGGCCACUCCUUCAGAAUCAUAUUCUACAUGAAUUUUUAGGUAAGAUGUUUGCUACUUGAUGAUGAUAUACGCCUAUAAAAAGGAAUCUGCUUCAUAUACUACGGUUUAUAUUGAUAUAAAAUGUCCGUAUGCUAGCUUUUUUCUUUAUAUCAAGUUUGUAAAAAAAAUCAUCUUUUUAGAUGUCAAGUAUCUAAAAAGAUCAUCUUUUUACUUCAAAGAAACUUUUCUUUAAAUAUUAUAUAGCACAAACGUAUUGUGGUGAGAUUAUUAUUUUUUCUUUGUAGUUCACCUGUUUAUAGCAAUUACAAUAGAAUUGUGUGAAUGAUUUUUAUCAUAAUUUUGUUAUAUAUUUUCCUUUUAUAUUACGUAUAAGAUAUCGCUUAUUUCAAUUUUUUUUUUUACUUUUUACGCUUCAUUGUUCACAUGGUGGCCAUGUUGUCUGUCUGUAUUUCUGUAGUAACAUUAGGAUACUCUUCAAGGUUGUUUGGGUAGUUUGCGCAGGUUUUUUUUUGGGAUGUUGCUUUUUUUUUUUUUAGUAACUAUUAGUAUUCAAACUUCUUUGGCUAGUUUAGGUAGCCUUCAUUCGGGUUGUAGGCUAGUUUUUCUCUUUAAAUUAACUUCACUAAUUACAUUCGUACUUCGUAGGAUUUUAAAUUUGAAAACAUAAAGUGGUUUUUUUUAUCAAAGGGUUUUUAUAACGCAAUUGAGUCGCGAAUGAAUAAACAAAAAUAAUGCAUGUAGAAAAAAAAUUAAUUAAAAAAAAAUGCGAUUUCAGCGUCAGGUAAUAUACUUACUGAGCUAAUAAAAAUGGAUUAGACAAGAAAUAAAAGUUUUUUAAUUUGCUAAGUUGAAAAGAAAGAGAACAGCAGAUGAUUUGAAUUAAUUUAGCUGCAUUGUGCAACAAAUUCCGACGAAUACUGAAUGUCAUGGUUUAAGAGAGACGGACCGAUGAAAUGCAUUUGCAUGGAUAUAGUCUUGAUGUAAGGGAACGCCAAUGUGGGAAAAGAUGGUUAAAAAUGAAGAGCGACUCUGACAAAUACUGUACUAAUUAUUUUCCAGCCAGUGUACGUGGAACUUUAGUGGUAUACUGGGGGUGGGGAGAGGGUGGGGUUAUGUAAGACACUUUAAGUAUUUGAUGUCCGAUUAUGUACGUGUUUGUGUCAAUCUGCAACAUUUUAGAUGUCUUUGUUACAACGACAGUGUAUUUUAAAUUGCGAGAACAGUGACCAUCUUCGAAAACGUUGAUCGUAUAGCAAAGAAGACAUUUGUUUACUUUUUUUUAUUAAUAAAAUUUGUUGUUUAAUUUUUAUCUUUCAAGCUAACAUUUAUUUUUUGUAUUGAUAGACUUGUAGUUAUAUUAUGAAAGCUAACAAUAAUAAAGAAAUAAAUUAAC